AUGGCUCGAAAUGAUCAAAUCGUCUCGCCGAUCUAUCGACCCGAUAUCGUUAAAAUUUUCAAAAUGGUCGAGUGCAUUUCCUUCUUUUUCUUGGCUUUUUACGUGAUGCUUUAUGUGAAAUUGUUGUUGAGGAGAAAGUUCUUCCAUGUGAAUCUGGUGAUCUUAUUGUGUGCUCAACCGAUUUCUCAUCUUUUAUCCCUUUCGAUGAGAAUUUUCAAACAUGCAAUGGUUGAAUGGGUUCUUAUAUCAGAUAUAGGAAUCAUCACGACAACGCAGGGAGCGACAAUCCUUUUCUGGGACAAUUUGUUCUCCGACAUUUUUGUUUCCACAAGCUUUCAAAUCGUUGUCGGCAUUUCCGUUGAGCGAAUCAUCGCGAUGACCUAUAUCAACGAGUAUGAGGCGAAAUAUAAAAACCCCCGACUGGCCAUCGUUAUCAUUUUAGUUUGUUUCACCUGGUCAUCAAUUUUAUUGUAUUUGUGGAAUUUGGAUGUGAUUCCGAACAACGUCGCCUAUCCUCUACAAUACACUUUUUUUGGAUCAGCAGCUGUGGGUUUCGUCAUCCUUCGAAUCGCCAGCUGGUACGCUUACAAGCGAGUGGCCAAUGAGAGAUACGCGAGCAUUGAGGAUCGAUAUUUAACCGCUCAAAAUCUCAAAGCGGCAAUUCUCCUUUGCUGGCUUGCUCCAUACAAAUCUUUAUGCAAUGUGAUGUCGUUAUUUGUUUACAAUUGGACUUUUGAACAGCAUACACCCGAUUUCUUUCCAUAUUAUGGGAAUUUCUAUUUUCUCGGCAAUCACGUACAGCUCUACGUCCAAUUGAUUCUCACCAUCUUGGGACAUCGACAACUCAUCGAUGAAUUCCUGAAAAUGAUCGGAUUGCGAUGGAAUCAAAACGAGCAAGACGUGCGGAGUGUGAUUGGUGGAAGGAUGAUAUUCAGCUAUGAAGAGGAAAAUAGAAUAUAUCAAAAGCAAAUGCAAGACAUGUGGCAAUCGGGUGCGAAAGAAGAAAAAGGAAACAAAAAAGAGAAACGAAAAAAGUACACCUCUGUGGAACCACAAGAGAUU